GCAUACCGAUAUUCAGUUCCGGCUAACUAUCCAACAUGGCGGCUGAGGGAGACGUUGAUUUGGACCUCGAAGCCGAGGAAAACUGUACCGGGAAGCCGGUUGAAAAGCCACGGAAACAUGACAGUGGAGCUGCUGAUUUGGAGAGGGUCACGGACUAUGCGGAGGAGAAAGAGAUCUCAAGUUCGGAUUUGGAAACGGCAAUGUCUGUGAUCGGAGACAGAAGAUCCAGAGAACAGAAAGCCAAACAGGAAAGGGAAAAAGAGUUGGCGAAAGUUACCAUCAAGAAGGAGGAUGUUGAGCUGAUUAUGUCAGAAAUGGAGAUUUCGCGGUCUGUGGCGGAGCGCAGCCUGAGGGAACACAUGGGAAACGUGGUGGAAGCUCUGGUGGCUCUGACUAACUGAACAGACUUUUACACACUGGACUGUUUCCCCAUUUGGAAUUCAUCUAAUCAGACAAAGUUUACUGUGGUGGUAGAGCUUACCCAAGGUUUUUUUUAUUUUUAAAUAAAGUUCAUUCUUCACUUA